UGUUGCCUCCAAACCACGUGGACUAGACUAGCAUAAAUUACAGUAAUUUAUAGUAUCAAGAACUCUUGAAGUAUCUAUGAGACUACAUGUAAACUAGAAAAAGAAAAUGGCUAGUGGUGUGCAGAGAACAAAGCCCAAUAUCCUCAUUACUGGAACCCCAGGCACUGGCAAGUCUCUGACCGCCAGUGAAGUAGCCUCACAGACUGGACUCACCCAUAUCGACAUUGGUGCCCUGGCAAAAGAACACAACAUGUUUGAUGGAUGGGAUGAGAAAUUCCAGUGCCCAAUACUGGACGAAGACAAGGUGGUGGAUGAGCUAGAGGAGAACUUGAGUCAUGGAGGGAGCAUUGUGGAGUAUCAUGGCUGCAGCUUCUUCCCCGAGAGGUGGUUUGAUGCUGUGUUUGUACUCAGAACUGACAACACGAUCCUCUAUGAUCGGUUGAUCCAAAGGGGUUAUAGUGGGAAAAAACUCUCAGACAACAUUCAGUGUGAAAUAUUCCAGACUAUCCUAGAAGAGGCACGAGAUAGUUAUUCAGACUCCAUUGUUUUUGAACUGUCUAGUAACCUUCCUGAAGAGUUAGAACAAAAUGUUGAAGCUGUUUGUCGGUGUGUGAGAGAAUGGACACCCAGUGUCGAACGUUAAUGGUGGUGUGAGUUUGUCAAUAAUAAAUUUAUAAUGGUGUUAUAAUUAUGUGUUAUCAAAGUUAGUAUAUUUUUGA